AUGUCGUUAACAAACUGCCGCUUCUAUGAGGAGAAGUAUCCGGAGAUUGACAGCUUUGUCAUGGUCAAUGAAAAUUAGAUUGCCGACAUGGGCGCUUACGUCAAGCUUCUCGAGUACGAUGGGAUCGACGGCAUGAUUCUGCUUUCCGAGCUUUCGAGACGUCGUAUCCGAAGUAUCCAGAAAUUGAUCCGAGUCGGUCGUAAUGAGGUUGUCGUGGUGCUGCGUGUCGACAAAGAGAAGGGCUAUAUCGAUCUGUCGAAGCGCAGAGUAUCGCAGGAGGAUAUCGUUAAAUGUGAGGAGAGGUACAACAAAAGCAAGAUGGUACACUCCAUCAUGCGGCACGUUGCCGAGAAGACUCUCGUACCUAUCGAGAGCCUGUACGAGGCGAUUGCCUGGCCGCUGAACCGCAAAUAUGGCCAUGCCAUUGAUGCCUUCAAGCUCUCAAUAACGAACCCUGAGGUUUGGGAGGACACCACUUUCCCGAGUGAGGCGGUCGCGGAGGAGCUCAAGUCAUAUAUCAGCAAGCGAUUGACGCCGCAACCGACCAAGGUGCGAGCCGAUGUUGAGGUCACCUGCUUCGCCUACGACGGAAUCGACGCUAUCAAGACAGCUUUGAGGACGGCCGAGGCGCGCAACACCCAGGACAACCAGGUCAAGGUCAAGCUUGUCUCUCCUCCACUCUACGUUCUUACCAGCACAUGCUUGGACAAGACAUUGGGAAUUGCGCGAUUGGAAGAGGCGAUCGUCGAUAUUAGAAACAGCAUCGAGUCAGCUGGAGGCAAGUUGAUCGUCAAGAUGGAGCCCAAGGCCGUCACCGAAUCCGACGACGCCGAGCUCCAAGCACUCAUGGAGAAGCGCGAGCGCGAGAACGCUGAGGUCAGUGGUGAUGAGAGCGUCAGCGACAGUGACGACAACAUGCCUGAGACGAUUUUUAAUGACUCUACGACCCCCAACAAUCAUUUGAUAUUAACGCCCAUGGCCCCGGGAUUUGCGUGGGCGCGCGCGAGGGCGAGGGCCUGGGCAUCCCGUCCUGGCUUCAUUUUUGCGCAAAACUUCUCAAUCUCAUUGUUACGGUAUCUCACAUGGCUGCCCGUCGCAAUUGUUUUUACAUCCAACGUUGCGGAGCCUUACAAAAUCGCCGGCCCCUCCAUGUACCCUUUCUUCAACAAGGAGAGAAAUGAGACUCGACUUCAAGACUGGUGUAUGAACUGGAAAUGGAACGCGCAGGAUGACCUUCAACGGGGCAUGAUUGUUGUUUUCUGGAACCCUCUGAAGCCGGAGUCAAGAACCGUCAAGAGGAUAGUGGGCUUGGGAGGUGAUAUUGUCAGGAAUCGUGACUCCGACAUCUGGGUCAGAGUACCCGUUGGCCACAUCUGGGUGGAGGGAGAUGCUGGAUCCCGUGAUUCCCGGGACAGCAACUACUACGGUCCCAUAUCAGCGCGGCUGGUUAUCGGGCGCUUGACACGCAUUCUAUUCCCAUUCCACCGGGCGGGCAGUAUUACCUGGCAAGACCAUCCGGAUAACCCCAGAGUCAUCAAAACGCAGGAGAUGGUUCCGCAGCUGCUAUUGUAA